AUGCCUGAAGCUGCAACAAUAGCACACGAUGUUGCAUUUUAUUGUCUACGAGGAACUUCAUCAACCCAAAAAACUCAACUUCCCUUCAAUGUUACCCCUCUGACAGGAUUGUCACCUAGGUCGAUGCAGAAUGUGGCCUCAGAUGCUGGCAUGGCCAUGGACGCUCAAUUAUCUUCAAAGAACAACACGAAUAUAAAUAAGUAUUGUGAAACAUCAUGGGAGGGGAAUGAUCAGUCUAGAGAAGGUGAAGCUUUGAGCAUUUCAUUUGAAGAGGAUCUAGUCAGAGAGAAUACAAUAGUGCCUCCAGUAACUUCAUUGCACCUGAAAGGUUUACUUGCGGUUACACAUAAAAAUGGCAUUAAAGAACGUCGAAGUUGA